AUGGUCUGUAAUUUUCUUUUCGCAGGACUGAGACUUGUUGAUGGAAGUUGGAACGGAGAAGGAAGAGUUGAAAUUUUUUACAACGGCAACUGGGGAACUGUGUGUGAUGACAGCUGGGAUUUAAACGAUGCAAGAGUCGUAUGUCGUGAACUUGGAUACUCUGGUGCUGUUAGCGCUCAUGGUUCUGCACACUUUGGCUCUGGAGGCGGUCAAAUUUGGUUGGACGAUGUCAACUGUAUGGGAAGUGAAACUUCCAUUGUAAAUUGCUCGCAUAGUGGAUGGGGCUCACAUGACUGUAGUCACGGUGAAGAUGCAUCUGUCGUUUGCUCAAGUAAGUAGUGUUCGCAAACAGGUCUCUGUUUAGUCUGGUUUUCCCUAUCGAUGCAAGCACAGCUUUUUUAUAAGGGUGACCAUUUCCUCGUGUAAAGGUUCUUAUUACAAGCGGAGCUAAGAAUUUUUCUUUUUCAGCGCUUGCAUGUGGUUUGCGUCGAUAGCGGCGAGAAACGAGGAAAGGCGGCGGCUUUCACAGGGUGGGGUUGCCAACGUUUUGUUUCGGUUGAAGACAGAAUUAACUUACAUGUACGGCUGUUCUCAGAACUACAACAUCUAUCCAUUUACAAACCUAUCCAGAUUGUUUUAAAAUGCGUAAGAACUUAUUAGUAAGCAUAUAUUGUAAAUCUUAAAAAAGGUAGUGACAAAUCCGGGGAUAGGAAAUUAUAGCAAGUUUCCUAAAGGUGUAAGACUUGAUCCAUUCAUUUUCUUACCUUGUUAAAGACAAAAGGUCAUUUCUCAUUAAUCUUAUCAUCACUCGUUUCCCACACAGAAUUAUUACUUUUAACAUGACAAAAAAGAUAUUUCUAACAAAGUGUUGGUACCACGGACAAAUUUAGCCUGCCCGUCCCUAACACUCACGCAUUUGUUUAAGAUAAUAAAUACUGAAAUUGUUGCACUGUAAGACUCAAGAUCUUGAAAACCAUAACUUAUUCGUUCAGUGACACACACCGCUUAAUAGGUAGCCCUUGACUAUACAAGGCCUUUCUUCGACUUUUCAGGACUGAGACUUGUUGGAGGAAACUGGAACGGAGAGGGACGAGUAGAGAUAUUGUACAGCGGCAGCUGGGGAACUGUGUGCGAUGACAGCUGGGAUAUGGACGAUGCAAGAGUCGCAUGUCGCGAACUUGGUUAUCCUGAUGCUGCUAGUGCUCUACAGUCCGCCCACUUUGGUGCUGGAAGUGGUCAAAUCUGGCUGGACGAUGUCAACUGUGCGGGAAGUGAAGAUUCCAUUGAGAAUUGCCCGCACUAUGGAUGGGGUUCACAUAACUGCGGUCACCAUGAAGAUGCAUCUGUCGUUUGUUCAAGUAAGUACGCGAGUAGUGCCCUCGUCUCAGUUGCAUAUGCUCCAUCUCUGUGACACAUGCUUGAUAUGAUAGGUUAUUAUUGGUUUAAUUCCCCCUCGAUUUGCACCCACAACCGACAGUCUUUGAUUGUAAGAAAUUCGACUUUUACAGAGCGAGUGAGACUUGUGGGAGGAAGCUGGAACGGUGAGGGGAGAGUAGAGGUAUUCUACAACGGUGCAUGGGGAACUGUAUGCGAUGACAUCUGGAAUCUGAAUAAUGCCCGAGUCGUAUGCCGUCAGCUGGGAUAUUCUGGCGCUUUUAGUGUUCCACAGUCCGCCCACUUUGGUGCUGGAAGUGGUCAAAUCUGGCUGGACAAUGUCAACUGUGCGGGAAGUGAAGAUUCCAUUGAGAAUUGUCCACACAAUGGAUGGGGUUCACAUAACUGCAAUCACAAUGAGGAUGCGGGGGUCGUUUGUUUAAGUAAGUUACAUGUAAUACGAUCCAAGCACGUUCCUGAUAAUUUCCUACUCACUUUAGGGUCAAUUUAUUUUAUUAAUGGUCGUUUUGGACAUUGCUAAGUUCUUGUUGUUUUCUAGUUACUUCACUUUCCAAAAUAACUGUAAAGGUGAGAGGAAAAUCUUCUUCAAUAGUCCAGAUUAUAUAAAUCUCUUGAUAAAUUGCAUUUAGCAGUUAACCGCGGCAUGAAAAAGUGCCUCGUUCCAUUGGCAAGGAAGUCUUUAAAAAUAUAUGAAGAAAAAUAAUUUCCCGGAUACUUUGUCAUUCAGUCACAGUUAAGGCUUCAGAGGUAUAUAUUCAAUGCUUCAUCCAUUAUCUAGAAUUUUUACGGGCCUUACACUUGCAAAGUCUAAAGAUUUAUGUACUUCUAGCUUGAUGUUCAACGUUUAAGUAAGGGUACUGAAAGAGGUUUAAGUCGCGUCAAAACGGUUUGAAUUGAAAAAUCAAUUACAUUGGAUUGCCAAUAUAUGAGGGACAAUCGAAAUACGACCACGUCAAAACGUUCAUACGACCAUUUUCCCUUACUCCUUGUUUGUUUCUCUGCUAAUUUUCUCUUACAGCAGGCACUUCAGCGAUUGUGUCGCCAUCAAUCAGUGCAACUGGAGUGUUGGGUAAGUAAAAAUUUCUCCAUCGGUUUCCAGAUCUGAAACUAAGUUGUCAUUGUACAUCGAGACAGUGAUUUUAAGAAUUGGAAAAUCAAACAUCUAAAACUUCGCGCGUCUCAUGUGUAAGAUAGUGUAGUUCUACUUUGAUAAUCUACAAUACCAGGAUGACGUGUUUAGUUCGCCUGAGUAUGAUAUUGAUUUUUUCCCUGGUUAACUCAUUUUGCAUGUGUGUUAUCAUCAUUAUUAUUGCUAUUAAUAUUAUCUAUUUAUUUUCCAGUAAGCGUGUCGGCAAGUGUAUCAAUCAGUCCAAGCUUGGAUGGUGAGUUCAGACCACGUGACGUUCUCAAGGGAAUUUGCCUUUUGUCUUUUAUUAAUGAUACACGCAUGUGUACGUGGAUAGCGCGAUAUUUAAAAGAAACAGUUCUUUAGGGUAACAUCAGAUGGUCUGUAAUUUUCUUUUCGCAGGACUGAGACUUGUUGAUGGAAGUUGGAACGGAGAAGGAAGAGUUGAAAUUUUUUACAACGGCAACUGGGGAACUGUGUGUGAUGACAGCUGGGAUUUAAACGAUGCAAGAGUCGUAUGUCGUGAACUUGGAUACUCUGGUGCUGUUAGCGCUCAUGGUUCUGCACACUUUGGCUCUGGAAGCGGUCAAAUUUGGUUGGACGAUGUCAACUGUAUGGGAAGUGAAACUUCCAUUGUAAAUUGCUCGCAUAGUGGAUGGGGCUCACAUGACUGUAGUCACGGUGAAGAUGCAUCUGUCGUUUGCUCAAGUAAGUAGUGUUCGCAAACAGGUCUCUGUUUAGUCUGGUUUUCCCUAUCGAUGCAAGCACAGCUUUUUUAUAAGGGUGACUAUUUCUUCGUGUAAAGGUUCUUAUUACAAGCGGAGCUAAGAAUUUUUCUUUUCCAGCGCUUGCAUGUGGUUUGCGUCGAUAGCGGCGAGAAACGAGGAAAGGCGGCGGCUUUCACAGGGUGGGGUUGCCAACGUUUUGUUUCGGUUGAAGACAGAAUUAACUUACAUGUACGGCUGUUCUCAGAACUACAACAUCUAUCCAUUUACAAACCUAUCCAGAUUGUCUUAAAAUGCGUAAGAACUUAUUAGUAAGCAUGUAUUGUAAAUCUUAAAAAAGGUAGUGACAAAUCCGGGGAUAGGAAAUUAUAGCAAGUUUCCUAAAGGUGUAAGACUUGAUCCAUUCAUUUUCUUACCUUGUUAAAGACAAAAGGUCAUUUCUCAUUAAUCUUAUCAUCACUCGUUUUCCACACAGAAUUAUUACUUUUAACAUGACAAAAAAGAUAUUUCUAACAAAGUGUUGGUACCACGGACAAAUUUAGCCUGCCCGUCCCUAACACUCACGCAUUUGUUUAAGAUAAUAAAUACUGAAAUUGUUGCACUGUAAGACUCAAGAUCUUGAAAACCAUAACUUAUUCGUUCAGUGGCACACACCCCUCAAUAGGUAGCCCUCGACUAUACAAGGCCUUUCUUCGACUUUUCAGGACUGAGACUUGUUGGAGGAAACUGGAACGGAGAGGGACGAGUAGAGAUAUUGUAUAGCGGCAGCUGGGGAACUGUGUGCGAUGACAGUUGGGAUAUGGACGAUGCAAGAGUCGCAUGUCGCGAACUUGGUUAUCCUGAUGCUGCUAGUGCUCUACAGUCCGCCCACUUUGGUGCUGGAAGUGGUCAAAUCUGGCUGGACGAUGUCAACUGUGCGGGAAGUGAAGAUUCCAUUGAGAAUUGCCCGCACUAUGGAUGGGGUUCACAUAACUGCGGUCACCAUGAAGAUGCAUCUGUCGUUUGUUCAAGUAAGUACGCGAGUAGUGCCCUCGUCUCAGUUGCAUAUGCUCCAUCUCUGUGACACAUGCUUGAUAUGAUAGGUUAUUAUUGGUUUAAUUCCCCCUCGAUUUGCACCCACAACCGACAGUCUUUGAUUGUAAGAAAUUCGACUUUUACAGAGCGAGUGAGACUUGUCGGAGGAAGCUGGAACGGUGAGGGGAGAGUAGAGGUAUUCUACAACGGUGCAUGGGGAACUGUAUGCGAUGACAUCUGGAAUCUGAAUAAUGCCCGAGUCGUAUGCCGUCAGCUGGGAUAUUCUGGCGCUUUUAGUGCUCCACAGUCCGCCCACUUUGGUGCUGGAAGUGGUCAAAUCUGGCUGGACAAUGUUAACUGUGCGGGAAGUGAAGAUUCCAUUGAGAAUUGUCCACACAAUGGAUGGGGUUCACAUGACUGCAAUCACUAUGAGGAUGCAGGGGUCGUUUGUUUAAGUAAGUUACAUGUAAUAGGAUCCAAGCACGUUCCUGAUAAUUUCCUACUCACUUUAGGGUCAUUUUUUUUAAUGGUCGUUUUGGACAUUGCUAAGUUCUUGUUGUUUUCUAGUUACUUUACUUUCCAAAAGAAUUGGUUAUUAUAACUGUAAAGUUGAGAGGAAAAUCUUCUUCAAUAGUCCAGAUUAUAAAAAUCUCUUGAUAAUUGCAUUUAGCAGUUAACCACGGUAUGAAAAAGUGCCUCGUUCUAUUGACGACGAAGUCUUUAAAAAUAUAUAAAGAAAAACAAUUUCCCGGAUACUUUGUCAUUCAGUCACAGUUAAGGCUUCAGAGGUAUAUACUCAACGCUUCAUCCAUUAUCUAGUAUUUUCACGAGCCUUACACUUGCAAAUUAAAGUCUAAAGGUUUAUGUACUUCUAGCUUGGUGUUCAACGUUUAAGUAAGGGUACUGAAAGAGAUUUAAGUCGCGUCAAAACGGUUUGAAUUGAAAAAUCAAUUACAUUGGAUUGCCAUUAUAUAAGGGACAAUCAAAAUACGACCACGUCAAAACGUUCAUACCACUAUUUUCCCUUACUUCUUGUUUGUUUCUCUGCUAAUUUUCUCUUAUAGCAGGCACUUCAGCGAUUGCAUCACCAUCAAUCAGUCCAACUGGAGUGUCGGGUAAGUCUUAACAUUUCUCCAUCGGUUUCCAGAUCUGAAACUAAGUUGUCAUUGUACAUCGAAACAGUGAUUUUAAGAAUUGGAAAAUCAAACAUCCAAAACUUCUCGCGUGGCAUUUGUAAGAUAGUGUAGUUUUACUUUGAUAAUCUACAAAACCAGGAUGACGUGUUUAGUUCGCCUAAGUAUGAUAUUGAUUUUUUCCCUGGUUAACGCAUUUUGCAGGUGUGUUAUCAAUAUUAUUAUCGCUAUUAAUAUUAUGUAUUUAUUUUCCAGUAAGCGUGUCGGCAAGUGUAUCAAUCAGUCCAAGCUUGGAUGGUGAGUUCAGACCACGUGACGUUCUCAAGGGAAUUUGCCUUUUGUCUUUUAUUAGUGAUACACGCAUGUGUACGUGGACAGCGCGAUAUUUAAAAGAAACAGUUCUCUAGGGUAACAUCAGAUGGUCUGUAAUUUUCUUUUCGCAGGACUGAGACUUGUUGGUGGAAGCUGGAACGGAGAAGGAAGAGUUGAAAUUUUUUGCAACGGCAACUGGGGAACUGUGUGUGAUGACAGCUGGGAUUUAAACGAUGCAAGAGUCGUAUGUCGUGAACUUGGAUACUCUGGUGCUGUUAGCGCUCAUAGUUUUGCACACUUUGGCUCUGGAAGCGGUCAAAUUUGGUUGGACGAUGUCAACUGUAUGGGAAGUGAAACUUCCAUUGUAAAUUGCUCGCAUAGUGGAUGGGGCUCACAUGACUGUAGUCACGGUGAAGAUGCAUCUGUCGUUUGCUCAAGUAAGUAGUGAUCGCAAACAGGUCUCUGUUUAGUCUGGUUUUGACUAUUGAUUCAAGCACAGCUUUUUAUAAGGGUGCCUAUUUCCUCGUGUAAAGGGUCUUUACCUUAUUACAAGCGGAGCUAAGAAUUUUUCUUUUCCAGCGCUUGCAUGUGGUUUGCGUCGAUAGCGGCGAGAAACGAGGAAAUGCGGCGGCUUUCACAUGGUGGGGUUGCCAACGUUUUGUUUCGGUUAAAGACAGAAUUAACUUACAUGUACGGCUGUUCUCACAACUACCACAUCUAUCCAUUUACAAACGUAUCCAGAUUGUUUAAAAAUGCGUGAGAACUUAUUAGUAAGCAUGUAUUGUAAAUCUUAAAAAAAAUAGUGACAAAUCCGGGGAUAGAAAAUUAUAGGAAGUUUCCUAGAGGUGUAAGACUUGAUCCAUUCACUUUCUUUCGUUGUUAAAGACAAAAGGUCAUUUCUCAUUAAUCUUAUCAUCACUCGUUUCCCACACAGAAUUAUUACUUUUAAAAUGAUAAAAAAGAUAUUUCUAACAAAGUGUUGGUACCACCGACAAAUUUAGGGUGCCCGUCCCUAAAACUCACGCCUUUGUUUAAGAUAAUGAAUACUGAAAUUGAUGCGCUGUAAGACUCAAAAAGCAAGAUCUUGAAAACGAUAACUAAUUCGUUCAGUGGCACACACCCUCAAUAGGUAGUCCUUGACUACACAAGGUCUAUCUUCGACUUUUCAGGACUGAGACUUGUUGGAGGAAACUGGAACGGAGAGGGACGAGUAGAGAUAUUGUAUAGCGGCAGCUGGGGAACUGUGUGCGAUGACAGCUGGGAUAUGGACGAUGCAAGAGUUGCAUGUCGCGAACUUGGUUAUCCUGAUGCUGCUAGCGCUCUACAGUCCGCCCACUUUGGUGCUGGAAGUGGUCAAAUCUGGCUGGACGAUGUCAACUGUGCGGGAAGUGAAGAUUCCAUUGAGAAUUGCCCGCACUAUGGAUGGGGUUCACAUAACUGCGGUCACCAUGAAGAUGCAUCUGUCGUUUGUUCAAGUAAGUACGCGAGUAGUGCCCUCGUCUCAGUUGCAUAUGCUCCAUCUCUGUGACACAUGCUCGAUAUUAUAAGUUGUUAUUGGUUGAAUUUCCUGUGAUUUUGCACCCACAACCGACAGUCUUUGAUUGUAAGAAAUUCGACUUUUACAGAGCGAGUGAGACUUGUUGGAGGAAGCUGGAACGGUGAGGGAAGAGUAGAGGUUUUCUACAACGGUGCAUGGGGAACUGUUUGCGAUGACAUCUGGAAUCUGAAUAAUGCCCGAGUCGUAUGCCGUGAGCUGGGAUAUUCUGGCGCUUUUAGUGCUCCGCAGGCCGCACACUUUGGUGCUGGAAGUGGUCAAAUCUGGCUGGAUGAUGUCAGCUGUGCUGGAAGUGAAGAUUCCAUUGAGAAUUGUCCUCACUACGGAUGGGGUUCACAUAACUGCAAUCACAAUGAGGAUGCGGGAGUCGUUUGUUUAAGUAUGUUACAUGUAUUAUGAUCCAAGCAAGUUUUUUUUCUUCUUACUUUAUGGUUAAUUUAUUAAUGCUCGUUUUGGACACUGGCGAGGCCUUCUCAUUUUCCUGUUACUUCGCCUUUUAAAAUAGUCGAGAUUAAAAUUGAUUAAAUUGGAUCUUAUAACUGUAAAAUUGCGACGAAAAUCUUUUACAAUAGUCCAAGUUAUUUAAAUCAAGUGAUAAAGUGCAUUUAGAAGUUAAUCGGCGUAUGAAAAAGUGUCUCGUUCUAUUGACGAUGAAGUCGUAAAUAUAAGUGAAGAAAAGAUGUUUAGGAGAUAUUUUGUUUUUCACUCACAGCUGAAGCUUCGGAGGUAUACUCAACGCUUCAUCCAUUAUCUAGAAUUUUACUGUUUUUCCACUUGCAAACUCUAAAGUUUCAUGUACUUCUAGCUUGAUGUUAAACGUUUAAUUUAGGGACUGUUCAUUUUUAUACGACAGGAGGGGGCUGAUGAGAUUUGAGGAAGAGUCAUUUGGAAUUUUGUAUGCCCCCCAGCUUGCCAAACGUUUCUUGUAUAAUGCCCCCCCCCCUUCCCCCUCAUCAGGCGAUACUUUUAUGGGUUUAGAGCUUCAGUUCUACUUAGAACUACAUCAGAUGUUGGUUUCUACUUUAUUUAACACUUCUGUAAGCCCGUCACCAAGUCCAAGCUUUCAGUCUCAAAAAGCGUGUCUACAAUAUACAAGCCUCUCGCUGUUCAUUAGUCCCAGCGCUUCAGGUUAGUACUCUGCAGUUUUAGUCACUUUCUGAAGUUCGCUGCUUCAUUUCAAGCAAUGUGCUUCCUUAUAAUCCAUUAGGGUCCACGAUCCAAAAUAUGUUUUUCUGAGAGUCUGUCAGUCCUUUAGUCAGCUGAUUAAGUCGACAGUUGAGCCUUUGGAGCUAUCUCACGCCAGAUUCAUUCAAAAUGUCACCCUAUUUAAUAAACUAUGGUGUUUAGUAUUCUUGAGUAUAAUUAUGGAUAUACACCAUAUGUUAGUUUGCUUUGUCUUUCAGUGGGUACUUCAGCAAGCGUGUCCAGAAGUGUAAUCUUCUCAGUGUUAACAAGCGAGUCUUCAAGUGUCUUACCAUCAAUCAGCGCAAGCUUACCUUGUGAGUCUUUUUUUUCCUGCCUUUUUUGUUCUUUUGCGGAGUAUUUACUUAAAGCUUAAUUGAGGUGGAGAAAUUAAAGUUUGGGGGAAAUCCUGUAGGAUCGUAGCCAGAUUAGAUUGAAUGAUAAGUGCAAGUGGGUAGUGGAACGAUACUUUUAUUGGAAAUUUUGAGUCUUCUUUACAUGGUCUCUUUUCUCCGUCCUCUGUUUGGAUGAAUCGUGAUUUGGGUAUGGUUUUUGAAGAUCAUUUCCCCAUGCACAAGUCGGAUGACGAUGUUGUCUUUGACCGUUAAAAGUGAUGACAUCACAGACGGUACAAGGAACAUGGGUACGCAAGGGCGGUUACGAGCGGUCGAUCAUGAGAGGUGAAUGGGUUAACGCCUUUCCUCAGAUCAUGAAAAGUAUGAGAAAGUGCCUCACCAAUUGGCGACGAAGCCAUGACAAAUGAAGAAACACUGUCCUAGACAGUUAGUGAUUUAGUCAAUGUUGAAACGUUGGAGCUACUCAGCGCUAGGUUCGUCUAGAAAUUUACGGACUCCUUCCACUUUGCAAACUCUGAAGGUUUAUGUAAUUCUAGCUUGGUAUUAAAGGCUUCUUUUAUGUUGUUUAGGACUCCUACUUAGUACGAUAUUAGUGAUGUUGGUAGCUUUUUUCUGUUACAGUAAGCACUUCUGCAAGCGUGUCAACAAGUCCAAGCUUUUCAGUCUCAAAAAGUCUCUUGCCGUCAAUCAGUCCCAGCAUUUCUGGUGAGUACCCUGCAAUUUUAGUCACUAAGUUUGCUGCUUCAGUUCAAGCAAAGUGCUUCGUUAUCCAUUGGCUUCGACAUCACAAAAAUGUUUCUCUGACAGUCGACACAGUUGAAACUUUGGAGCUACUCUAACGCUAAGUUCAUCCAAAAUGUCUUCCACGUUAAGAAAUAUGGUGUUGAGCGGGCUUCUCAAGUAUUUUUUUAUCUAAUAUGUUUCAGGUUUAUCGAUCGAUUUAGUUUAUUUUAUCUUUUAAUCAGGAAGUGUUUCAACAAGUCAAAGUGCCCUAAACUCACAAAGUCAGUCUGAAAGUAUCUCACCAAAAGUCAGUGGAAGUGUGUCGUGUGAGUCUAUAAUGGAUUCCGAAAGUCGUUGUGCAUUGGCACUAUUGAAAAAUGAUUCUCCGUCAGUUAGUCAGAAAGUCAUCCCUACUACUUUUCAAGGCUUUGUGGUCACUGGCGAUUCUGAUACGUCACAUGUUGGGUAUUCAAAACUUCCCCGUCCAUGUCGGAUAUUGGAAUUGACCUAUCGCUCCAACCAUACUCUGCGAAAGCUCUGUCGAAUCUCCCAAAUAACCUUGCGCUUUGAUACGUGCCAUACAAAAAUCUGACUUCUUAGUUCUCGCGACAUUUUAGUUUUACAGAGCUGACCUUUUGUUUAGGGAAUCGCGUUGUGAUUUUGUACUUGAUUACUUAGUUCUUCGGUUUGUUUAUUCGUCUUCAGGAUAUACACCAUUUAGUUCGCAUGCACUACCAGUUCCUGUGGACUUUCUGUUUCAUGUGCCAGCAGACUGUGAUCAAAUCUGUACAAAUACCCCAGGAAGCUAUAGCUGUUCUUGUGUCAGCGGGUAUCAACUGUCGUCUGAUGGAAAAUCAUGCGUAGGUGAGUCCCUUGAUAAGUCUUGAACACAAUAAACGCACGAGUGCCUUUAUUGUCUUCUCUUAUUUAUUGACACAAUGAUUAGAGAGAGAGAAACAGUAGUUUUAUGACCACCAAUUCUGGCAAACUAUUCAUGCAUUGUAUGGGAAAAAAUGAAAUGGAAUCGGGAGUGCCACGCUAUCUUAUCACCAAGAUGAGUAAACUAGGUUUCUCUAGAGACUUUCUGAUAUGGACACUCAAUUAUGUCAUGCAUCGUAAACAAUUAGUACAGAUCGAUAACACGUGCUCAGAGGUUAAAAACGUGAAUUUUGGGGUUCCCCAAGGCUCCAUCCUAGGCCCGGUGUCAUUCAAUUUUAAUGUUGUUGAUCUUCAGGAGAACGUAAAAGUCAAAUGCUUCCAGUAUGCGGACGACACAACAAUCUAUGAUCAUGCCAAAAUAUCUGACCUAAAUGACUGUAGAAACACUAUCUACCAAUCCAUUAAUAAAGUAAGUGUCUGCUCUAAGGGGAGUUACCUCGCCUUUAACAACGACAAAACCAAGGUUAUGAUCCUGUCGAGCUUCUGAGGCUUCGGAAACCUACAAAAUCAUCCUGUUUCCUUGAAGAUAUACGCGUCCCUUUUGAUUGUAAACAGCAAAUCAGUACUAAACAUUAAAAGCAGAAGACGUCUUACGUCAUUGCAUUUAAAAAGACGUCCAUACAAAGUUAUUUUAGGUGGAAUCCGUGCUAAACACUUUGCAAGUUCACUGAAAGUCUUCAUUUGCAAUUUUUGUUUACCCUCCAACGCCUCGCUUUCAUGACUAGGCACCAGUUUUUUCCCGCCUUUCCGCCAUUUGUGAAUACGGUGUAUUAUUUUACACUAUAUAAAGCUUCGAGUUUAAACCUUAACCCUAUUCAGACUGGGGGGGGGGCUUUUCGACCCCCCCUCCGGCAAAAUCGUGAUAACUCCUAAACCGAAAGAGUUAUGACGUUCAAAUUUUCUGACUUUUCCUAAAAUUUAUUUAGGAACAUUUUGGUGUAAUUACCAUGUCCAUGUGAUUAAUCAUGUUGCCAUGGCAACCAGUUUCUGACACAUAGGUUUUGGAAAAUUUAAAAAAUGGUGAUUUUUUUUUUAAGAUCGCGUUUUUACACUUAUAGUGCUUUGUGUUGUUAAAAUGGUCUUUGCCUGGGACUAGAUUUUGAAUUAAAUCAAAAUGUUUCAACAUCGAAUAUUUGGGGGGGAGGGGUGGGGUAAAAUUUGUCACUUUUUUGCUUUGACAAAUAUGCUGCUCUAUUUUCCAAAUAACACUUCCAAAGUCAUUUGUUUGGGUAAUAAACAUUAGUUUGAUACUUCUUUUAUAUAUUCUGAGCUUUUUCCCCUUUGAAAGUUGCUUUAAAUUAUAAUUUUAACAAAAGAACGGAAAUCCAAGAUCGCGGAUCCAAGAUGGCGGACAACCAUUUCAAAUUUUAAAUUUUAUUGCUUCCUAUUGCUUUUUCUCGCUGUACAAGUGUUUCCUUGUUACUAGUUCAUAAGAAAGGAUAACAAAGAGAUGACUUUACCAAUAUUAUUGAUAUUUUACGUAUCUAAGUGGAAAAAUAAGAAGAAACAUUGAAAAAUCGGAAUAUGACGCCACUGUGACGUCAUCAUUGGGCGUGGCAAGUCAAAACUGGGUGUGGAGCUUCUUUGUACGGAGAUGAUCAUUGUGUGUAAAUUUCAUGACCCUAGCGUUAUUGGUUUCAGAGAUACAGAGGGGGGGUGUCCGAGAAGCCCCCCCCCACCCCCAGUCACAGAUUGACCAAAAAAGGCCAGUCUGAAUAAGGUUAAAAUAAUUUGAUAAAAAAGGGUUAGCUUUUUCGUCUUUCUUCGGCGCCGCAAAUUUAUACGACGAAGUCACGGUUCGAGGUUGUCCGUUAUAGUGAGAAGUGAUGCCAUUUGCUUUUAUUGAAAUGAGUGGAUGAAAAUUGAUCGCUCUUUUUUGUAUAAAAAACCAUCUCCAGUGACAUACAAAAUCAACUAUUACAGCUGAUUCUUAAGUCGUGGCACAAACCGAUUAAUAAAAUGGAUUUACAAAGAGAUAGGAAUUGCUCUUACUGAAAGAAAAAACAACUAGCUUAAUAACGAACAGCCCGCAAACCACUAAGCUGAAACUUAUGUCAUGUUAGGCCCCUUUCAAACGUGGAAUUUCUUAUGAGUACCGAACACCUAUUUCAGUCGAAGAAGAUAAUAAAAUACGGCAGUUGAUUCAGACGUCGGAUAUAGUGGUGCCAAAUUUAAAUCUGUUUGUUGUAAAUAUUCCCAGUCUCUAGAAACAAUUGUUCCCAAUAUGGAUAAGGGUUUCUAUAAUUAAUGCAUUAUAUUCGGCACAUGUGAAAUGUGACUUCUAAAUCAAAUGUUGAACCUAAGUCGAAUUUUCGACUGUAAUUCAGUCGAAGAUUCGGCAAAGUCGUAUUUAAUUUGAAACUGUUGAUUCAGACGUCGUAUCUCAAAGCAGUUACCUCCGAAUUAAAUUAGGCACCUGUGAAAUUUGACGUUUGAACUGGGUAAUGGUAACAGUGUCCAGUAUUACUAUAGUAAAUACCAGUAGAGGCGCUAUGAUACAUAUGGCAUUUUUUUAUAUAUUCCUGUAUAUUCUGCUUUCAAUUUACCACAUUAUGUUACUAGCUAUAUGCACCACACAGGUAAAAAAGAGAGUAAAAAAAAAAAGAAAAAAAAGAAGGUCACGAAAAAUUUGCUUCAAGGAGAUUCGAACCUGGACUCUCCGAAUACGUUAGAACUAAAAGUGAACGCCUCUAUCCACUGGACCACCUCGGUAAGGGCUGACAAUUAAAGAGGUAUAUAUUCUUUCUCUAUGGUGAUUGACAGUUUUUAAGGAAGACUUUUCAGUUUCCGUGUAGAAUUAAAUCUUUAACUGAUUGAAGCCAGACGUAAAGCUCACAAUAAACCCAUUAAUACUCUUUCAGGCUUGGUCCAUGCCGGGGAACGUUUAAGAAAUUUAUGAUCGAUCUCGCGGCUACCGGCUGAACAGUAUGACCGUACGAUUCUCUCCCUGCUCGUAAGGUGUCUUCUCAUCGGUCGCGGGAAAACAUUAACACAACAUUGUUUAUCAUUAUUUCCAUUUUUUUUAGGUUAGAGUAGCAAACCACUUGGCUUUUAGCGUUAGAAGAACUGCUACAUGAUCUCUCUCCCGAGAAUGAAGAAAAACAAUAUGGCCGCCAAAUACAUCCUUUAAGCUUUCAAAGUUCUCCUUUAUUAACAAACGUUGAACAUCUAUUUUGGCAAACAAACAGUUAAGUUGAAAAAGGAUUUUACAAAAGUCUCAAAAAGUAGGUCUCCUUUUUGAUUUUAAUUUGCAAUAUUGGUCAAUUUACGCAACUUUUAAACUUCUGGCUCAGUUUUUGUUUGCUUCUGUUUUGAAAAUGGAAUAAUAAUUACUUAGGGGUAAUACAGUGUAAAGAUUUGUAGAGAAAAACAACAAAAACUUGCAGAUUUAUGGCGAAAAAUGUACUUUAAAAACGAACUAAAAUAUUUAAAAUGCUCGGAUCAUGUGACUUAUAACAUCAUGUCCCUCUUUUGGUAAUGAAAAAAAUUGUCAGGUAGAACAUUUCUUUCCUGCCAAUUUUCUCUGCCAUGUGAUGAAACGUCAACUCUCUACUGCCCUUGGCCUAGUUUCCUGACUUCUUCGCUCAUGUUCAUUGCCCCCUUAAAUUUUAAAUUCCGGACGUAAACUGGUUAUUUUUAAAUGCUCCACACAACCAAAACCUCAAAUAUACUAUUUUAUUUUAACCCAAUGAUGAAAUCUUGUCACAGCAACAAAAAACCCUAAUUUAGCUAUGGUCACGUGACGGAUGACGUCAUCACCCUAGACGUGACAUGAGAAGAUAUUCUAUGGUAAAUGUUGUUGUGGUCUGAUAUUCUUCCACGUAUUAAAUUGUCAAAGAUAUAAAGCUGUCAAAAAAGAUUGCCUCAAAGGAUUAUGGGAUAAUUUUUAUGAUAAUUAUAAUUUACAUUUAAUUAUAAUUAUUAUUAUUGUUGUUAAUUUUUUUUUACUUCUUGUUUACUUUAGAUAAGGCUAUCUGGAAAGCGCAGCGAGUUAUUUCUUUCGGACUUUUAUUGGUCAGCGCAUUAGGGUGAAAUGUUGGCUUGAUACGGUCGAACCAAACUUGCAAAUAACCGUACCCAACAAUUUCUGAUGACAAGCCUAUCACCUUUGUCCAGUUACCAGCCAGAAUGUGAAAACAAAUUACAUGUAGCAGAUAACAAUAUUUUACCGUGCAAGACUGGGUCUAACGUCUCCACCGUUUUUUUUUUUUUUUUUACAAGUUUGCGGCAAUGACAGUAAUUAAGAGCGGAUGUCAGUAAAUAUCGACCAGAGGUCUACAAAAGUGAAAAAUCGAAAAUUCUCAAAAAAAUUCACAAAGUAGCGCUAGGUAAGCUAUUAACAUAAAUGUAAUUUUUACUUCGAUCCGAUAAUUAUUUUCCACGUACGGGGGGGUUAUUGGUUUCGCGGCUCUCGGACCGGGUUUUCCAGGCCCGAGACCAUGUGUCGCAAAAAAAUCGUUUUAAAAUUCAAAUCCAAUGUAAUGUGGACAACAAAAACUUAUUCAGAAGAGUACUUAAUUGCACACAUUCUAAGUGGUGAUUUACGCAGUUUGAACGAAAGUGUAAUAUUUUGAAGAUUUUUCAUUAUUUUCAAUAUUUUGAUCGUUUUCGUUCAAUGAAAAAAUGGCAAAUUUCAAAGCCCAAAAUCGUCGACUGGUACCUCGAUUUCAGUAACGAGUCUUAUACCACGUUAAAGAGCGUUAUAUCUUCUUUCAAAAUCUGUUUUCAAAACUACGGGCAACUUAAAAGAAAAUUUUUGAGGCCAAAAAAUACAAGUAGUACUUUUCUGAAAUUUGAGCUUUCCAGACUUAGCGGGCCGAUGCUAAAAACUUGGAAAAAUACAGUAAGAAAUCAGUUUGAGCAAUAGUGGUUUCAUGUUAUCAGCUUUCAGAAACCAAAACGUGUUUAUACAGCGAUCUGAUAUAAAUUAAUGCGGUUUGCUAUCAAGAAAAGCAGAUUUAAGCUGUCAACUCCUGCCAAGUGCACCAGUCAGGUAAAGUUGUCAAAGGGAGGGCAAAGCACUAAUAUAAAAAGUCUUAAAAUUCAAAACGUUUUACGUCCAUGAAAUCAGAUUUUAGCGUACAAAACAAUGUUGUGAAUGUCUGUUAUUCGUACCUUAGCAUGGUGUUUCCAUAUAUUGGAAAUGUCAAGUAUCCACAGGGGAGAACAUACCAAACAACAACGUUUCAAAUCCAAGCGCCGAAAGAUCGUAAACGGCAAAGAUUGCGUUACAUUUCACAGAACGACCGCUUACCACUGUUGUCACUCCUUUUUUCGCUGGAAGCUACGAGGAGUUUUCAUUCCGUCAUGAGUGAUUCUUGAUCAGCGUUUCCUUGAAAGUACGACCCCGGACAGGUGAUAACUGGGGACGUUUCGUCAAGAUUCCUGUUGCUCAGUUUCAGGCUUUAGGGACCAGUCAUAAUUUAAGUUGGAGGGGGGAGUGGAGGAGAAAUUGUUUUUUAUUCCAAAUUUUUUCCAGACCCCCACUAAUAGCACCCAUGUUUUUUAGGUACCCCCCCUUCAAUCAUGUUAAAAGAUUUAAGGGCCCCCCUUUCUUAUACAUAAUACCCAAAUGGUAAUAACAAUAACAUUUUCUUUACUUUACCGUUCUUACUCACUGUCACUUCCGAAUGUGCCAACUAACAACAGAGAAGCACUUCACACUAAACUGAGAAAGAUAUUUCACCUAGAGCCUCUCAAACAGCUUAAAGAGCAAGGAUAUAUCAGUGAUUGUGUUAUAAUUGAGAUAAGACAAGCCAUCGAAAGGUGAGAGGCCGACAGGACCGCUUCAAGGAAGAAAGAAGAUAAUCAGCCAAAGCUUACUGCUUUUUAUAUAAGCAGUACAUGCUCUAAUACCGAAAAACUUGACGGUGACACAGACAGUGAGUCCGCAUCAACCUCAUCUACAAAUAAUGAUUCGGAUAGUGAGAUUGCAUACCAUGACUUUAUGCAUGUAAUCAUUUGUUAAAAUGCCGAUGAAAUUGUUUCAGUGUUACACAAUAAUGGAUGUUGUGUUGAUGCACCUACUAUUUGAGCAUUAAAUCUUUUUGUAAAAAUGCUGAUUAAAUUGUUUUAGUAUUACACAAUAUAGGACUUUGUGUAAAACUGAAUCAAAAUCAGGUCCUUUAAUACUCAAACAUCAUGCUGCUCAGUAGGGAUGCUACUUAAAAGAAACUUGAAGACCCCCCAAGGUCAUCUUUUGGCAUUUUAAGGCCCCCCAUAUUCCAUCCAAAAAAAAAUUGAAGGCCCCCCAAUUUCUCCUCCACCCCCCCCUCCAACUUAAAUUAUGACUGGUCCCUUAGCAGGUGCGUAGUCAGGAUGUUUCCGGAGGUACGCCCAACUUUUUCUACAUCUUCUUCCCCACCUCCCCGCCCCCCGCACCCCAAAUCUCAACAUUUUUUUAAGGUGCCUUUAUUAAAGGUGGGGUUAACGGUUGUAAGCAUUUUUGCUGUUUAUGAAAUGACACAACCUCUAAAAUUCUUUAAUUCUGUCGGCUUGUUAUGUUCAUUGACGUCAACCGUUUAUCAUUAAUUCAGCUAUUAAAAAUCAAGCUUGUAGUACCUUCGACUUUAGUUUACAAAUGACUCUUUUUACCCCUUUUUGUCACAUUAUUUUUGACCGAAAAAAGCACCACACAUUGACGUAAUUGUGCCCUACUUCGUCUACUCCGAAAACAGGUCGUGGAGAAAGCAACGCGUUCACGCUUUACAUCAUCAAGCUUGCUCAGAAGCCCAUCAAAUUUGAUGGGCUCCUGGAUUGCUAUAUAAAUAAAUCAUCCAAGAUUCGGUUCUCCAAUUAAUGUCGUCGCUUCUCUGGAAACCGAUUUUUUUUUUAGUUAUGUUUAUUUCAUUCUAUUUUUUUUCCUCAAUGUUUUCGGGUACGCAUGUGCAAACCGUGCGUACAAGUAGCUACGCCCCUGUUUAGUCUCCUUAGCCCUGAGCGUUCCUCUCUUGCGGUUUUCGCGGGAGUUCAGGAUGUGGUCCACCCAGUAUUUCACGUCUCUUUUAAAUGAGAGGUAGCACUUCUUGUUUACCGUUUCGUUAUCAGACAGCGCUUAGGCUCUUAGCCUUUCAUUUAAUUUUGAUCAAAUUUUUCUCAUUUAGUUACUCAGUAUACGUUCGAUCCUGUCCUUGUAAACUUAUACUUUUAUACUUUAGGGGAGCUUAAUUCCUAUAUUAAUUUUUUCUUCGUUUAGUGUCGUCCAAAAGACCCAGUUUUUUGGCUUUUUUUGAAAAAGAAAGAAAAAGAAACGACAAGGUUUAUUUUUUUGGGACUUAGAUUAAUUCUUUUAAUCUAAAAAAUUAGCAUUAUAACAUCAUUUCGAGGCAUAAAACGUUCCGUGGUGUAUCCUCUUUGCGUUUUACCCUUCUUGGGCCUUUUUUAAUGAAAUUGACCAUCAAAUUUUCCGCCAUAUUAAAUUUGUGUCGAUUUGGUGACCAUGUCUUGUUGUUUUCAGUCUCCACGGCAAUGAUGCUGGUGUUUCAGGCCUCCCGUUCUCAGAUUUCUUGUGAUUUUUUUUUUUCACUCCACCGACCGACCCACCCAAAACCAGGAAACCUAUUCGACGCUAAACGAACGAAAAGGGGAUGACCUAAGCCUUAUGGUUUCUUUUUGGGCUUCCUCACCACAUUGCUUCUGCGUGUUUCUGUAUACUUGUCUCCUGCUUUGUUUUGUUCUUUUUUGUCGGUAAAAUAAACUGAAACUGUACAAAGACCCUCAAUAUUCCCUUUGCAGGUUCUCGAACGCGCAUAAAAAAAAUGAAAAAAGCGAUGAUUUAUUGACCGCAAGGGCAAUGGGGUGGGGUCAGGGCUCGUUACUGCGCUCCAGUUCACUCGUACGCUGUCAAACGGUCCCGAAAUACAAAAUGAAAAAUGACUGUGGACAGACUAUUCACGUCUAGACAUCAGGCAUCUUUUAAGAUGGGACUUAUCGCCUCUCCCUGUUCAUGGAGUUGAUUCAAGGUGUUGACGUUAAUUUCGUGAUGCCCUGCAUGUUGCCAGGACAUGUUUCAAAAGGGCCUUUCCAAAGGUACGGAGUCCGCCGUCACGUUGUCAACCGUUCGAGAAAUGAUGUACUUCACAAAAACAAAGAGAAGUUAUUUUCGAUUUGCCCCGCCCCCUACCCCCGAAAGUCCCCGACAGGACCGCUUCAAAGUACUCCCCAUGUGGUUGCGCGGGGGAUAGUAAAAGGUCUACCUAAUUGCACCAUGCAUCAAUGACAGUUUAGCUCAAUCAGAAACCCGUUUUCCCUUGCUAGUUCAAGGUGUGUGCACCUCCUUUAAGCUGUUGUUUUCGGUUCUUACUGAAAUUUUUGAUCUUGAGGAAAUUCACAACGACAGGAGCAGGUUAUGGGCUUUUUUCCUAGCCCUAAUCCUACAUCACGAGAAAUACCUCAGGUAAGGCAAGAAUUCGAUAAUCGUUCCAUAAUCAUCCAUUUUUUCACCGCGUGAAUUGGGUAUGUUUAGCUUAUUUCGAGGAAAUACUUUUUGCUUCAAAUCCUGGGUGGGCUUUUAAACACAUUUUUUAAGCCAAAUGGUUUUUGCGAGAAUCUGCUUACCCGAACUUUUCGCAUAAAAAACGACAAAUCCCCGAAAAAAAGCUCAUGUUGUUGUUGGUGGUGGCAUAUUUCCGAUAAAUCCAGCUCAAUGUCUCGUGAAGAAGAGUUCAGAUCCGUGCCCCGCGCCUCUCGAGGCGAGCGUUCCGUCGAAAUGCGAGCCCAAAAACAGGUGGUAAGCGGUCAAUCUGUGAAACGUAACGCAAUCUCCGUCGUUUGAGAGCAGCCGAAGAUGCUCUUGCCGAUGCUGUCCUUGAUGUUUCUUAUUUCCAGUAUCUAGGAAACCCAUGCUAAGGUAUGAAACAUACACUCGUAGGCAUUGUUCUGUCCGCUAAAGUCUAAUUCCUGGACGCAGAAACGUUCUGCUUUUUGAAGUUUAUUAUUGUGGUCAUUGUGCUUUGCCCUUCAGACAACCUUACGUCACUCGUGCGUUUGGUAGCAGAAGAUGGCUAAACUCUGCUUUUCUUGUUGGAAAACGGCUUUAAAUUUUAUCAGAUCGCUCGAUAAACACGUGUUGGUUUCUGAAAGCUGAUAACGUUAAAUCACUGUUGCUCAAACUGAUUUCUUAUUGCAUUUUUCUGAGUUUUUAGCAUCGACCCGCUGAGUCUGGAAAGCUCAAAUUUCAGAAAAGUACUACUAGUAUUUUUUGGCCUCAAACAAUUUCUUUUAAGUUGCCCGUAGUUUUGAAAACAGAUUUUGAAAGAAGAGAUAACGCUCUUUAACGUGGUAUAAGACUUGUUACUGAAAUCGAGGUACCAGUCGACGAUUUUGGGCUUUGAGAUUUGCCAUUUUUUCAUUGAACGAAAACGUUCAAAAUAUUGAAAAUAAUGAAAAAUCUCCAAAAUAUUACACUUUCGUUCAAACUGACUAAAUCACCACUUAGAAUGUGUGCAAUUAAGUACUCUUCUGAAUAAGUUUUUGUUGUCCGCAUUUCAAUGGAUUUGAAUUUUAAACCGAUUUUUUUGCGACACAUGGUCUCGGGCCUGGAAAACCCGGUCCGAGAGCCGCGAAACCAAUAACCCCCCGUUCGUGGAAAAUAAUUAUCGGAUCGAAGUAAAAAUUACAUUUAUGUUAAUAGCUUACCUAGUGCUACUUUGUGAAUUUUUUUGAGAAUUUUCGAUUUUUCAGUUUUGUAGACCUCUGGUCGAUAUUUACUGACAUCCGCUCUUAAACAUUUUCUGUUUAGGAUAGAGACUCAUCGGUUUAAUUGCUGUACUCUUCAUUAUAGAUAUUGACGAAUGUUCAACAAACAAUGGUGGCUGUAGUCAUUACUGCUACAAUAUUCCUGGAUCAUUUUUCUGUGGAUGCCCUGAGCGGACAACUAUGGCAUCCAACAACCUAACUUGUGUUGGUAAGUAUGAGGGUUCUUUCAGCUUAAGGAGAUUGCCCAUUCAAUUAAUCCUGCAGUACGUUUUUAACCAGGGAUUCUAAGGAACGUGCUUUAACUGCAAUAAACAUGCAGUAUUUGAGAUGAAUGUCAGUAUUUUUGAUGCUGUUGGGAGUGCAGAUUUAGCAAAGCUCAGUGUCUAGGGGACAUGAAAAGAGAUGAGACAUCCAUCAUGGAAUAAAAAACGGUUUUUAUGAUUUUGUUCUGCUGUUUCAGUGUGUUGAUUUGGGUUUUGUUUUGUUGUUGUUGCUGUUUUGUAUCUUUUUUUAAUUUCCUUUUGCUUUGUCGAAAGCAUAAAAAAAGUAAGUUAACUCAGGUACCCUAUGUAAUAGAUCUUAGUUUAGGUGAGUUUCUUUUAAAAGCGCACAAAGAGGCCUCGGGCCUCGCUUUCAUGACUUAAGAAUCUACAUUUUGAUGUCCCGGAUGAGCGGUCAACGCUCCUCACCUGAAGCAGUAGAAAUGCAAUAUUGACUUGUCACUUUCUCUCUAAACUUCAGUGAAUGAUUUUUAAUUAUUUCCAUCAAAAAGCAUUGGCAUAAAGAUUACUUAAUUAUGGUCUGUGACACGUUUUAUUCCCCGUAUCAAACUCCGUUCGGUUUUUCGUGUAUUCCAGAACCUGGAGCGACAGUGACAUGUAACGAGGACAACAUGACCAUUUCUUUGGAGAAGCAGACAUUUCCGUUUUUUGAUGCCAAUAACCUUCACCUACGCUAUUCUUCCUGCAGGUAAAGCUGGUGCAUCGUGAUGAUGAACCCAUGAAAUUUAAGAUACUUCAUUGAUAUCUCUACAUGUUUGGUGUAUUUUUUUAGGCAAGUUGAAAAACACAGUUGAACCAAACGUCUACAUAAAACACGCUCGCGAACUGUGAGAUUUACUUGCCUUUAGAAUUAUCCUGGAAUUCUUUAUUGUUUUCUUGUGAAAUUCCGGGCAACAACGCAACCUCCUUCUAUCAGAGUUACCAAUAUUUCCUUUGUAUUUUCUUUAUGAAUUUUUGAUAAUUUGUUCAAUUGUUGGGUCUGUUUUUUGAUCUUUCUUAACUACAGGGCCACUCAAAAUUCAACACAUGUUUCAAUCAGCACCAAUCUGAAUGCUUGCGGGACACUGGUUAAUGAAACAGAGGAUGCAUUAAUCUUCUGGAAUGAAAUCCGUGUGGAUGCAGUGAUUACUGGCAACGUUAUCACCAGAACGCACGACAUUAAUCUUCGAUUUCACUGCAGCUAUUCCAGAAAGAAAAUGCUAAGCGUUCAAUUCCAAACACAACAAGUUUAUAUUGGAUCAGAAGGUGCUUUGAUUAAUCAUUUAUUUAAUUUCUCUUCUUUAUACAUUUAGAUCGCGAUAUUGAACAGGUAGUUCUCACAUAAGUAAACCUCGAAUACUUAUAGUGCUCGUAAGGAAGGCAUUUCGGUGAAAUGACAUUUCCCACGUAUUUCCCCCCCUUUUUUUUCGCAGUUAUUUUAUUCGAUCAAAAAUGGUUGAGUUAUUUUAAAAGGCCUGGAGUAGUGGCCUCAUAAGAAACGACUUUGGGGUGACCGUAUAUUUUUGCUGAUGAAACGUGAACUUACAGAUGAAGCAACCAUUUUGAAGUAAUGAAAAAAAUCGAUACCAGUUCAUUUAUUGAGAGAUUUUAAAAGUCAUUUUAAUGUACAAAUUUUUGCCCGAGAUCCGAGUCACCGACCAUUGGGAAUUAGGGUGUUAUUGCCACACCAGUGGCAAAAACUAAGCUUUUCCUUACCUUCAAAAUCUUAGCCUUUCCAUAGGUCUCUUAUCUCUCCGAAGGUCUCUGAUCUCCACGCCAGAAAUACAUGGAUACGCGUCUUAUACUUCACACCAAGACCUUUUCGAUAGUUAACUCUGCUAUCGCUUCAGUUGCUUUCAAGAAAAGAGUAGCAUUAAGCGGUGAAAUCGCGUUGUUAUCUCACAUCUAAAGUGAUUAUGUGAAAACCUAUGGAGGAGGCUACCCCAUUCCCAUAAAAACCACACUUACGUCCUAUUUUUUUCAUUUUAGCUGGAUAUGGGAACUUCACUUUCAGAAUGGACUUUUACAGGACUGCGGCGUUUGCCACGCCUUACACUGAAAACGACUACCCAAUAUCUAUCCCUUCAAACGAGUUCCUUUAUGUGAAGUACAGUGUGGAGGCUAGUGCUGACCUAGUGAUAAUGGCCGAAAACUGCAAGGCUACGAGAUAUGGAAAUUUUUACUCCUUGCCGCAGUACACUGUUAUACAGAAUGGGUAGGUAUAAAACAAGAUUAGAAUCUUAAAAUUCAAUCUUCUUAUCAGUUAUUUAUGUACAUUUACGUUUGUGCGCCUAUUUUUGUUUUUGCACCAAUGAACUGUAUUAUAAUUCGAUGCAACUUUUUCUUCCUUUUCAUUGGUCGAGGACGCUUUUCUCCUUCUUGCGAAUCGCUUUUGCGUGAAAAUGGCAGAUCGCUUCGAUUCGCAAAUAACAAAAGCACAAACUCGGUGAUCGAACGAUAAGACAAUUAUUGAACUCGGUUAUAUCGCAAAAUAACGUGAUUUUUCAGAGUCUCGCAGAUCAAUAAUAUUUAAUAAUCAAUGAUGAUCUACUCGCCACUAACAAAUCACGGUGCUCAAUCUCGUCCAAUAAUUGUUAAUGAUGUCUGUGUCGCCAUGACAACCAAUUGUAGGUGCCCACGAGAUACAACUAUGGAGUACACGUACUAUCCAACAGCGAGCUCUCAACAGUUUAAAAUGAGAUCGUUCAGGUUCUUCAACGAUUAUGAUGUGGUUUACUUUCACUGCGAGCUGUUGGCCUGCUACAGAUACAAUUAUAAUUCCAGGUACGUUUGUCAAGAGGUCUAGAAAUGCUGUUUAAUUACUUGGGAUAUCGAUUUUUCCUAUGUACUUAAGCUGGUAUAAUGCGUAGACAGAUAACUCCUGGAAAAAUUCUCGUUAUGGGUGGACACUGAGAAAAAAAAAAUGCGAAUUUAAAGAGUUUCGUUAAAACUCUGUAUUUUCAUUAGGCUACUUGUGGUGCAGCCCAUUUCUCCGUCAAAAAAAGACAAAAUGGCGGAUGUAUCACCCAGAAGGCAUUGCGUGCCCUAACCCCUGCAGUAGGGCCGCUAAUUGUACUAUUCUCUGGAAGGGAUGGGUCAUUUCCAGAGGAACAAAAAUCUUUGGAUGCCCGAGGCAUUUGUGGGGGACGGAUUUUGCUUUUUGGCUCCUUUCACUCAUUCCUUUUCUUAAAUUCCGGAGUACUUCCCUCCCUCUUAGGAUAUCUAACCCACCUCUAUCUCUUUAUUUCUUGGAAAAAUAGUAGUAGGACUAGCUAUACACCCAGCCCAGUAUCGCCUGGGGAAAUACAUACAUCAAUACGUACAUCUUCCUGAGGAAAUACGUACAUCAAUUUCCUUAGGUCUCUUUAAGAGAAGUUCCCAUAGAUGGUUUUUUGAUCAGUACUCCUACACGGCAAAUACGUAAAACAGUUUUUGAGAAUUUUUGAUUCAUUUUCUAUGUUUGACUGAUGUUUUUUACCGUGUAUAAAUAAAGUUAUCAUUCAUUCAUUCAUCGCCUGUUAAAGGCGUAUUAUCAAUCAUCAGGAAACAUUAAAUUAUUUCGUCGACCAUUGUCAUCAACUAAUGAACAAUUCUUUUCACCACAGAUGCAGCAGAGGUUGUUUAACCAGCAAAAAAAGAAAGAGAAGAGAGAUAGAUGACAAGUUAGAACACGACGAAAGUACCAACAAAUAUACUCUCACAAGCGGCCCGAUAAAGAUCGCAGAGAAAUCCAGAGAAGGAGGUAAAUAGGCCUUAAUUGUAUUAUGGUUCGGGGCAGCUAAUUUAAAACUAGCUCCGAGGUCAACUAAAAUUGAUCAUUCCUGCGGACGAUAACCCUGUCCCUGAUAAAAUAGUCAGUCUGAUCAUAUAUGGCUUAUUAGUCAAGUUUGUUUGGUUUCGUUGCUUUUUUAAUUAGCUCCUUUAUCGCCAUGGGCGAACAAGCUUGGUCAAAACUUUUUGUAGUUGUUGUUGGUUUUGAGCUCAGUCCAAUCAACCACUUCCCCCACUCCCCUCCUGGGCAACCUUAAGUUGUUUCAUUGGUGGUCAGUUUUUGUUUUUCUUUGUUUGUUUGUUUGUUUUUUUGCACGUAUGCGUCAUCAUUUUCUUUGCAACAUUCGCCACUUUGGAAACGAAAAGGCAACUGUAUGAUACUGGGGAUGAGCCGGUCAGGUAUUGGCCAUUUUUUGCCCUAUUCAAGUUAUUCUUUUGUUUACUUCUUCAUCGCUGAGCCGUAAGGAUCAGUUUGCCGUUUUAUAUUUUCUACACUUAACAGUCUCAGGAGUCUGCGAAAGUUGACUCGGCCCAGUUUCCUUCACGGCAUUUCUAAAGAGGCGGAUGCUGGUCUUGCAUCUGAGUUUUCUUCAGGGAUUUAUGACAUUUUAUCUUUCUUAGUGAGUUUUCCUACAGCGACUGGACCCUUUUAAGGUGGCUUGACCCAGUAUUUUUGUAGGUACACCUUCCAUCUAUGAAUCUUUUAUACUUAAACAAAUUGAUCUUUAUUGUAAAAACAUUAUAACACAUGUAUUACACGUAGACUAAACUUUGUUAUGAUAUUAACAUGUGAAUCAGUAAAACGCAAUCCUGAGCUCUUUUAGUGUUUUCUAAGGCUACUUUCACGAAAACAGCGAUUAAACCAAAAUUCGUUCAAUGGACACGUAAUUCGGGGGAUUUUAUAGUACACUGAUCAAUUGCAUUACUGAAAUUUUUUGAAGAAAAUCUAUCGACGAAUUUUGGUUUAAUCGCUGUUUUCGUGAAAGUAGCCUUAGAAAAUCCAAAAAGAGCUCAGCAUUGCGUUUUACUGAUAUGAUUCACAUGUUUUCAUGUUUUUUUCAAAAGCGCCUAAGUCUACUUGCGUUCAGCCGGUUGUAGAAUGUAUAAACUAAGGUCAUUUGCAAAACGAAUGAGUGAUAAAAACGUUUCGGAAACCUCUCAAAGGUAACAAAUUUGUCUGUAUUGAGUCCAGCCUUCAGUUCAUGCAUAAUAUAUACCCUUUUUGUAGAAAUUCCAAGAUACCUCAAAAUUCCUCUUACAGAUUUUGGUCGCACAGACGAGCACCUAAAGUAUUGUUGGUUUGCACUUGACGUCACUAAAAUUCAAACGACAAAACUAUCGAUGCUACCGAGAUCUUACUUUCACGAUGUAUUAGAAAAGCUGAAAACUAAUUUCCAUAAAAAUUUUCGCUUAAAAAGGGUUCUUGGUUUUGUGAUAGAGUACGCUUGAAUUUCUAAGCUUUUACGUGACGCGGCAUUUACUUGACGGCCAAGAGAGCUGUCAUGUAGAUUUACUACAUAAACAGUUUAUGUAGUAGAAAGAGUAUUACAAAUGUUUAUGAGUUCCUCGAAGAAUAAAUUCACGGUUUUUGUAGCAAAACUCGGUAACAGAUGUUUCUGCCGGUUUCCGUCCGCCAUGUUGGUGCUCAUCCAGGUGGGCACCAGCAUGGCGUCUCCAUACAGAUCUCUAUUAAUUUGGGUAAAACAUUUCUUCGGAUAUCUCGUAUACGAAAUAUUCCUCUGACCUGAAUCUUGGCGAGGGUCUUUGCAUAUUUACCUCCUUUCAUUUCCCAGAUUCUGGACUUAUCUACUGAACGGCUUUGAUUUUUAUUUUGAUCUAUUUUGAAUGGCGUGACACUGAAAACCAGCAAUAGGUAGCGUAAAGCAUUUCCAAAUAAAAUAUCGAUAAGGGCAAAAAUACUAUUUAGAGCUAAAACUUUUGCGACGUUAUUGUCACGUGAUCAUUAUUCCGAUCGCCCAAAAAAUAAUAUCAUAAUAAAGUUUAGUCUAUGUGUAAAACAUGUGUUAUGAUGGGUUUUAAAGUAAAGAUAAAUUUGUUUAAGUAUAAGAGAUUCAAAGAUGGAACUCAAGGUGUCGCUACAAAAAAGAAAAUGGUUCAAGCCACCUUAACACCGACUGAGGGAAAUGUUUCAUAUCGUAGGUACUGGGCAAGGCCAAAAUAUUGCUUUCAUUGGUGGUGCAGCUGCAGGUGGUGGACUGGCACUGAUUGCUAUCAUAGCCCUGGCUGUUUUAGCUGUUAAGUACCGCCUCGCACGAAAAUUCAUGAACAGGAACAAGGUUGAGCAUUUCUACACUGGGAAGGAUGAGCAAAUGAGCCGAAGAAACGCUUUCAUCCAGGAGGACGACAUGAUUGAAAAGAAAGACUCCUUCUAA